AUGUCAUCUCCGUCAUCGACAUCACCGUCACCUGCAUCUCCAUCUAUACUACCGUUCCCAACUCAACAGCAGAAAUCUGCAAAAAAUACGACAAAAGUUGACGGUGAAAACAAGUUAGAAAAGAAUAAAAAAGAGAAGAACGAUGGGGUCAAUGCUUCUACUAAUGAUGAUGAAAAAGUUGUGUCUCCUAUUAGCUCUUUCUUCUCAUUUGAUUCCUACAUGCACAAGGCAUUUGUGGUUUUAGUUAUCGUCACCAUUGUCAUCAUCCUCUAUUUUGUGAUUAGGAUACUUAGAUUAAGAAGAAGAAACAAAAAAAGAAAGGUCUUCAAGACGAAACGAGCUAUGAAAGGUUCUACGAAUCUCGAGAUGCAGAGACUGGAGGAGGCAGAUGAGGAUGAGGAGGAAGAUGAUUGGACGGUCUUUGAUGCCACAAAACAACGACAUCCACAGCAUAUAAUUACGUCUGGGCCAGCUGCCUUGUAA